AGGGUCUGGCUGUAACAAUGAAAUUCGCCCUGAAAAUAGAUCGAGUGGCCCAGCAGGUUCCGUUACCAUGCCCAUGAGGGACACGCGGAGGGGUACGUGGUUAUUGUGGCAUAUUCCCUGCGAGCAGUCGCAUCUUCGUAGGUCUCUUGCGAUUAAGGGAAUUUAUACCAUCUGUACGCAGGUGGUAACUAUCAUGGCUGGCCGAUAGUUAACUAACCAGAUAUUUGAACCAAGAUUAGACAAACAGAUAUCCACACGGGGUAUGUACAUGCCUGGCUGGCACCGUUAAGAGAGAGUGUGCCCCUGACGCGCAGCUGAGGACAUGUGUGGAUGGUCCAUGGCCAACUGUCGAGACCCCCUGAAGGGUCGCUUGCAGUAAUAAUAUGAAUCCUUCAACCACCGUCCGCGAUGCUCCGGACAACCCGGUUCAAAUAGUAAUAUCUGACAAGCGAGCUCACCAACGAGCCAGGCCAAUCCGGCCAACCAGCUGUUCUGGUUACGCAACUCAGGGCCAGGUCAACAGGUAACCAACUGGCUGGCCGGCACAGACUCGGUACCGAGCUGAGCAAGGGGACCGGGAGGUUUCUGGCCGUCCAACUGAGCCAACAGCAGGAGUUCCAGCUAGUCAUUUAACGAUUGAUGGCCGCGUAGUCAACUACUUUAACCAGACGAGACGCAUAGCAGACAUAGACAUCGCAUUCUUUGUAUGUGAGCCCUGCUAUCAGAUUGGAAUGAGCUGCACCAUCCGUGCCGAGGACGCAUUUGGGCCUGCAGCGGCGCCAGAGUGCCUCGAUGGCUUCGACUUCACGCUGCUGUUUGAGGAGUCCUUCUUCUCCAUCGGCGUGUGCAGCGCCAUGCUGCUGUCGCUGCCGGUGCAGCUGGCCCGGCUGUCCCAUCAGCAUAAUCGCCACCAGCAGGCGCCCGCCGGCCCUCUUCUCUACUCCAAACUGACCGCGCACCUCGUCUCGACCGGCAUCAAGCUCGUCCUCGUCGCUCUCGUGCUUGUCCCCGGGCGAGCGCUGGCGACCCGCGCAACCGUUGCAGCUGUGUCGAUAGCCGCCGCAACGUCUGCCUCCGUCGCCGUCCUGUCGUACUGGCAGCAUCGCCGGUCGCCGCGGCCGUCCACGCCCGUCUCGCUCUUCCUGGGGCUCUCGCUGCUGCUCGACGCCGUGCGGGCGCGGACGCUGUGGGCGGUGCAGCCGCGGGUGUUCUGCGCCGUGUUCAUCGCCGGCAUCGUGUCCGACCUGGCCAAGUUCGUGCUUGAGCUGCUCGGGCGCAGAGACGAUGGCUCUGAUGGCCCCGGGCGGCUCCCGGCAGAGACCGUCGCGAACGUGUACAACCGCAGUGUCUUCUGGUGGCUGAACCCGCUGCUGCUCCAGGGGUUCCGUGAGAUCUUGCAGGCCGAGGAGCUUAGCGCUAUCGAUCAGCGUCUCAGGGGCGGCGAGGACUCGUUCCUGGGCCAGUGGGAAGCUGCAAAGGUCAAGUCCCCGGCGGCGCUGGUCCGUCUGCUGGCCGCUCACCAUCUAUGGGCGGCGCUUGCUGCUGUGAUCCCCCGUCUCUGCCUGACCGGACUCACCUUCACGCAGCCGUUCCUGCUGGCUCGCAUCGUGAGAUAUGUCACGGAAGAGGCAGCAGACGACGACGACGGACUGGCCAGCCGCUACGGCUACGGCCUCAUUGCAGCAGCCUUGCUCAUUUACAUCGGCCUGGCGGUGGCCACCACCAAUACCCAGCACAAGACAUAUCGCCUUAUUACGAUGCUACGCAGCAGCCUCGUCCCGCUGAUCUAUACCCAGACCUUGCAUCUAGACACCUCUGCGGUGCGUGAUUCCGCCGCACUCACCUUGAUGAGUGUGGACAUUGAGCGUAUCAGCUCAGGGCUACGCUAUUUCCAUGAAAUAUGGGCGAGCCCGAUAGAUAUCGGCCUUGCUCUCUGGCUUUUGCAGCAGCAGCUUGGAGUCGCAGCUGUUGCCCCUGCGGCAAUCUUUCUUGUAUGCACCCUUUCUGGACUGCUUGUGGCAGCUAGCAUGGGCGCCCGCCAGCGACAGUGGCUAGAGGCCAUUCAAAAUAGAGUGCAUGCCACCUCGUCAAUGCUAAAGAAUAUCAAGGAGAUUCGGCUGGGCGGGUUACAGAGCCACGCGGCAAAGAAGCUGCAGGAACUAAGAUCAAAGGAAAUAUCAGAAUCCCGCCCCUUCAAGAAAGCGCUGGUUAUGAUUGUCACACUGUCCUUCACUACGGCAGCAACUGGGCCUCUGCUAGCGUUCACCAUGUACACGCUUCUGGCGUUGAGGAACGGUUCUCAGGUAUUGGAUUAUGAAAAAGCCUAUACCUCACUGUCACUACUAGCGCUUCUGCAGACUCCCAUGGCGCUUGUUUUAGACGCCAUUGCUGGGUUUGUUGCCGCCUUUGGAGCAGUUGAACGUAUAGGUGAAUACGCUUCGAAGCCAGCUACCAACGCAAGCAAAGCAUCCAGCGCUGAAAUGAUUCCUCUAUCAAUACCAACAAGGCCGGACACAUACGAAGAAAAACGAAAAGAAGUUUUUGUUCGGGCUCAAGGCUUCAGUGCUGGCUGGAAUGCCGAUUUGCCUUUUGUUAUCAAAAAUCUGGAUUUUGAAAUUUUGCGUUCGACCGUUACUUUCAUCGUUGGACCGGUCGGAUGCGGGAAGUCAACACUGCUGCAUUCGAUUCUGGGUGAGGUAAUGCAUACUAAUGGCUCUCUCCAAAAAUCAGUUACAAGGGUCGGUUAUUGCUGCCAGGAACCUUGGAUUACAAACGACACCGUUCGAGAUAACAUUAUAGGCUCCAACCUCUUCCAGCCGACUUGGUAUGACCAGGUGAUAGAUGCUUGCGUGCUGCGAGAUGACCUCCAAGGAUUUCCUUGCGGAGACCAAUGGAUCGUCGGUAGUGGUGGAAUGGCCUUGAGCGGCGGCCAAAAGGCUCGACUGGGGAUCGCACGAGCACUAUAUUCAAGAGAAACGCUCGUACUGCUAGAUGAUGUCUUUUCCGGUCUGGAUGCAAAAACUGAGGAGUUAAUAUUCCACAAUUUAUUUGGAGAACAUGGCCUCCUGGCAAGGGAAAAUAUCACUAUAGUUUUGGCUACAAAUGCCGCAGUGAAUCGCCUCAACCACGCAGAUAAUGCUAUAUACCUUGAUGCUACCGGCAACAAAGUGAGCAAAAAUGAUGCCUUGGAAAAAGAAUCGUCAGGCGGAGUAACUUUGGCAGCACCAUCCGAGAAGCGAACUUCGGCCGGUCAAUCCCAUGAAAACCACAUAGGGGCUACACCCGAACUCUCUAGCGCCAGACCUCUAACUGCAUCUCCUCAAGAAAAGGAACGACGGGUUGGCGAUACGACUGUCUAUAAGUACUACAUACAAGUAGUUCACUUUAUGAGCGCAGCUUUCUUCGCUGCGGUCUGCGUGGUUUUUGUCCUCGGUCUAACCUUACCACAUUUUGUCAUAAAAUGGUGGCUACAACGGGACACGGAGUAUACUAUUUCCCAUAUUGAACUAUACCUGGGAAUUUACGCUGGGCUUGCUGGAAUGGCAAUCGUUUCUCUGGCUGUUGCUGCAUGGUAUCUGACCGAGCACAUGCUACCGAGAGCUUCGAGACAAUUCCACGAAGGCCUCCUGAGUACAGUCGUGGAUGCACCUCUGCAAUUUUUUCUAAGUACCGACAUGGGAACCACCAUCAAUCGGUUUGCUCAAGAUUUACAAUUGGCAGAUAUGGAACUUCCCCUAGCUCUCUUCAACACGACUGUCGAACUCAUAACUUGCCUAGUCCAGCUAAUCAUCAUCGCAGUCGCGUCGAAAUACAUUGGUGCCGCUAUACCAGUUAUUCUAACCGUCUUCUAUCUGAUUCAGAAGUUUUACCUGCGCACUGCGAGACAACUGCGACUGCUUGACAUUGAAGCUAAAGCCCCCCUAUUUUCCAAAUUCCUAGAAACUUUGUCUGGCCUCGUUACGAUCCGGGCAUUUGGUUGGCAGAAAGAUUAUGAACAUCAUAACAACCAGGCGCUUAAUGAUUCACAGAAGCCAUUUUAUCUAUUAUUCUGUGUCCAGCGCUGGCUCAACCUUGUGCUUGACCUUGUGGUCGCAGCUAUUGCUGUCAUAGUCGUCUCAAUUGCGGUGCGGACUAAGGGAAAGGUUGAUGCCGGAUCUACCGGCAUCGCUCUAGUAAACAUUGUCCAGUUCAGUACUACUAUCAAGAGCUUAAUGGCCAACUGGACUCAGCUUGAGAUAUCCAUUGGCGCUGUCUCCCGCAUUCGCUCAUUUUCGACUGAUACCUUGUCAAGCCGACCACGAGAGCGGUCCCCUGAAUUGAAAGACGAGACAACUGAGCCUACCAUCUCGCCUUCUUGGCCGGAACAUGGGACUAUUGAAUUUCGAGGGGUUACUGCCGAAUAUGAGAUUAACUCUACGCCAGUCAUCAAAAAUUUAAAUCUAUCGAUCCAUAAGGGCGAGAAAAUUGCCUUGUGUGGGAAAAGUGGAAGUGGAAAAUCUUCAGUUAUCUCUGCGCUAUUCCGUAUUUUACACAUCUCUGAGGGAAACAUAAUCAUAGAUGGUGUCGAUAUUUCAGAUAUUCCCCAGGAAAUCCUUUAUACCCGUCUUGUCUGUGUCACCCAGACACCAUAUCUCAUACAGGGAACCGUCCGUGAGAAUGUUGACCCAUUCGGGACUUCCAGUGAUGAGCAGGUAAAUCAGGUUUUGAAAGAAGUGACACUCUGGGAUACAGUCGUAGCUCGGGGAGGUAUCGAAGUUCAGCUAUCAGACGAGCUAUUCAGCGUUGGCCAAAAACAGCUACUUUGUCUUGCCAGGGCAAUGCUACGACCCGGAUCCAUUUUACUUCUCGACGAAGUCUCCUCGAGUGUUGAUCUACACACGAAUAAACUGAUGCAAAGUAUCAUCCGGAAACACUUCGCGACACGAACUGUCAUCACAAUUGCACACCAGAUAUUUACUAUUCUCGACGCUGACCGUGUCGCAGUCAUAUCUAACGGAGAGAUAGUCGAGGAAGGCCAACCAACGGAAUUAUUUGAAAGGGAUCCCCCGGGGCCCUUUCGCAUUCUUGCUGCAGCAAAUAUGAAGCUAUGA